CGAGCGCGCAUGUAUACCGCCGCUCGUCGCCGCCGACAUAUUGCACUAGGGAGACUGGACUGGACUCUGGAGGAGGAGAGGACGUUAUUGGCGCGUCUUGUUUUACGCUCUCGUUAUAUACAGCAGCGAAACGUACGAAUUUUUUGAUGCGAGAUGUAUUAUUAUGGUGCCACCGGUGGUCGUUAUGGUCUCGCGUGUCAAUACACCGUUAAGUGGAUUUUCCGAUGUUUUUCACGGCCUGGCGGCCCGAUCAACUCGAUUAACCGAAUCAAGAAUUUCGACAAAAAAAUGUAAAGUGAGCGAGGAAAGUCUCAAUAUUUGGGCGAGGUGUGCUCGGAGCAGGGAUUCGCUAGAGCUGGGAGAAGAAUCAGAGGAAUAGCGAGAGAGGCGCGCGAACGAGCGCUCUGAGAGCCUGGUUGCUUCGAGAUGGCCGAGGGCGGCGGCGCGACCGAUUCGAAACCCAACAGCGAUAAUCCAGCAGUUCUGAAAAGCCAAACGGAGAUCAACGAGUGUCUCGGUACUUGGCUCUCUUACCUGCAGAUGCUCAAUGGCCUAUGCUCGGCUGGUACAAAACUCGCUCAAACGUUGCAAUCGCUUCUGUCGAACCACGAGACCGUCGUUCACUAUCGGUUGAGCAGCCAGUGCCUCGCGGGAUGGGAGGAACUCUCCAGAGCUACCGGUGUCGCGAGCAACACCGUCAAGCAUCGCGUCGUUGCUGCUCUCAGAGAUCACGAGAACCGCGAAAACGACACUGACAAACAAGACAUACUGCGAGACAAUCUGAUGACCUUCAUUAAUUUGCAGUAUCAGUUUUGCGUCGCGUGCUGUGAAUGCCUGGGUGGAAUGGCCGAAUGCUCCUGUCCCCGAACAGGCAAAACCGAGUGUGACAUUGCGGCGCUCCAGCAAUGCUCCGAGCGACUUUAUAGCUCACCCACACCACUCUCCUCGGGCUCGAUACAACAAAAUAGUCACCGAUCUCCACUCCCAUUUCCGCUUUUUCCUCUGCAGGUUCAGAGAAGAUGGUCGGAAACCGCAGCUGCGGAAAUGUCGGGGGAUACGACGGAAAGCACUAUGAGAAGAUGGUCAAUGCCGUGGGAUUGUCGUCACGUGAGCGAAUGGCCGUGCCAAGAAUCAUCGUCGGUUCGGCUCAGAGUACCACCGCGGAACGCCGAUCGUAGCCGAUCGAUUACGCCGGACUCUGCGCCCAAGUCGUCAACAAUUACUACCAGUCAAGACGGCCUUCAGGAAGCUAUUCAACUUCUCUCCUGCAGGCCAGGAAUAAGGGCGUCGAAUCAACAAUCGGCCUUUGUUACUCAACACAUACCCGGUGUGACGCUGACGACUUGCAACUUUGACGGGAAUUUCGAAAAUUCCGUUUGGCCUGAAACCCGAGCGAGCAUCGGUAGUGGUUCCUCCAGAUGUUGGCCGGCCCAACAUUCUCAUACGAGCGAUCAUUCCGACCUAUCCGGACACAGAGACAACUGCGAGCAUAGCGCUAACAGCGGCGAUCAUAGAGAUUCAGAGCAAAUUGGGGACGGCGGCUGCGGCGGCAGUGUCGGAAGUGGACACCGAGACAGUAAAGACAGUAUACACUCGCAUCACAGUGAUCAUAAUUGUCAGAAAGAGUGCGAAUCCGCAAUGCUAGAUCUUCUCCCAUCGCGGAAGAACAGUUCUUCCACGGAUUCUUGUCUCUCUGCUAAUAGCAGGUCUGGCUCGGAGAGUGCUUGCACCGGGGAAGUUCCGCGGUCUCAAUUGUACUCGAUGUGGAGCGGUGGUGACAUGCCAUUCAUCAGAUUACCCGAAAGCAACGAGGUUCAAGAUGAUCGCUCAUCCGCCAAUUAGAAAAUUCAUUACAAAUCUAUUAUCUUGGAAUUCUUAAUCUUUCUGCCUACAGCAAAAUCAUUAUAAUAAACCGAUCUCUUGAUGAUAUUUUGAAAAAGAGGAGGCGCGCAUCCAAGAAAGAUUCGCUCUUCCGAAGAAAUUAGGCAUAAAGAUUUUUACUUAUCGAAGGGCCGAUAUAAACUGCCUUCAAAUCGUUAUACAAGUCGCUACACCUCUAAGGCAUUAUUCCGAACAAUUGUUUUUUUUUUUCUCUUUUAUCAAUUGUUGAGUAACGCGUUUGAUACUGACGCUCGUUGGAGAAAUCGAGUCGAACGAUUGAAAAGAAUUUUUAAGAUAGCCAAUUUUUAUAAUAUAUGUUACUCGGUAGUAUAUCAUCUCGGAUCUUCCAUCUCAUUCAUUUCCGAUGAUUGAUGGAAUAAUAUUAUAAAAAUUCUAAUUGUGAUGAUUGUGCAUGCAGCGAUGUAAUAUGAGAAAGAGAGAGAGAGAGAGAGAGAGUGAGAGAGCGAGAAGAUGAAUAAAAUAAAGAUUGAUCGUCGUUGAAUGUU